AUGAUCGGUUGUCAUGUUAAAUUUCGACGUGAAUAUCCGAAUACCUCGCAUUUCGACAUACAAUACGAUGAUUUAGUUGCCCAACCUAUUGAGACAGUGCGCCGCCUUUACAAUCGUUUUGGUCUUGCGUGGUCCAACGAGUUUGAAACAGCCAUGCUUGCUUGGCUACGCAAUAAUCCACAAGGUAAGCAAGGUCGCAACCCCUAUGCACUCAGCGAUUAUGGAAUUAUUCUCGAUGAUAUUACGCUACGUUAUAAAGACUACAUCAGUAUGUUUCUUAAUCCACAGCCUUCUUCUCAUACGGAAGAGAAUACGACCAAAAGUGAAGCUGAAUAA